GGGAUUUUAAUAUUUUUCAAUUAUAUAUUAUUAUUAUCAUCAAAAGCUUUGUCCCUCAAAUCUUGCCAGAAACAGUGAAAACUCAUGAAAGUUGUUUAAGACUUUUCAGUUCACACCUUCAAUCAUACAACAAAACCCAUAAAAAAAAAAAAAAAUCCAAUUUUUAAUUUUUUUUUAUAUAUUUAAUCUUUUUUCUAUUCAUGGAUCCCAAAAACUCAAAGCAACAAUCACAACUCUCAAACAUGGGAGAGAACAAAGAAUCAGAGACAAAAAAUCUUCAAAUUGUGUUAUCUGAAACAACAACAAAAGAUGAAACAAAGAAACAACUAGCACCAAAAAGAACAUCAAACAAAGACAGACACACAAAAGUUGAAGGAAGAGGAAGAAGAAUAAGGAUGCCAGCUUUAUGUGCAGCAAGAAUCUUUCAGCUAACAAGAGAGUUAGGUCAUAAAUCAGAUGGUGAAACAAUUCAAUGGCUUUUACAACAAUCUGAACCAUCAAUCAUAGCUGCAACAGGAACAGGAACAAUACCAGCUUCAGCUUUAGCUUCUUCUGGUAAUACUUUGACACCACAAGGUUCAUCUUUGUCUUCUGGUUUACAGUUGAAUGAUAGGAAUACUUGGGCUCAGACCCAUCAAGCCCAUCAGGCCCAUCAGGGCCAUCAUGUUAGUUCUACAAGUUUAUGGCCACAUCAUCAUGUUGGUGGAUUUGGAUUUCAUCAAUCAUCAUCAUCUGGUGGUUUAGUAGCUACUACUGUUGGUGAAAAUAAUAGUGGAAAUUAUUUUCAGAAAAUUGGGUUUUCUGGAUUUGAUAUGCCAACAGGAACAAAUUUGGGAGUGGGAGGGAUGAGUUUUACUUCAAUUUUGGGGGGUGCAAAUCAGCAGAUGCCUGGUUUGGAAUUAGGGUUGUCACAAGAUGGACAUAUUGGUGUGUUGAAUCAACAAGCUUUAACUCAGAUUUAUCAGCAGAUUGGUCAAAAUCAAACUAGGGUUCAGCACCAGAAUCAGCAGAAUAAUAAUACUACUAAGGAUGAUUCUCACAGUUCAGAACAGUAGAAUUUUUCAUGAAUUUGUGCAGGGUUUGAGGUUUUAUAAAAAAAAAAAAAGUGUUUUAUUUGUUGUAUAUUUGGUAGAGUUUGAGGAAAUAGUGAAAUUCAAUAGAAAAUGGAUUUGGCUUGGUUUGGUCCACAGUACUCAAGUCUUCAGAUACAAGUGGAAUUGGAUGGCCAGAUAUAGCUUUGUUGAUUUGGUUUGGCCUUAAAACUUAUUGUUGAAUUCAGAGGUGUGUUGAUUAUUUUUUGUUCUUAUAUAGAUCAGGAUGGAGUGAUGAUCAGUUUGUGUGUGAAAAUUGAUGAUAUAGUUUCAAUGUUUCAUGAUCAUAUAUGUGUCAAAGUUCUUAUUGGAUCUAUCUGGUAUUAUUAGUACUUUAUCAUCUAAGAAA